ACAUUGUUCAUCUAUCAAUAAUGGAUGUAUUCAUUUUUUUCCUUUUAUUUUCUAUAUUGAUCAAUUGAUUUGUAUGUAAAAUAAUGGAAUUCAACCUGAAUGAAGAUACUAUUUGCGCCAAGCGAUUCUUGUUGGUGUUCAACAUAAUGUUCUGGAUUUCUGGCAUAAUCAUAUUCAUUUUUGGUGUUUAUUAUCUUGUACACGAUGAAUUAGCAUCAUUAUUUUUAUUAUUUUUUGCACCAAAAAAUAAUUUAGCUCUUUUACAAUUACUUGCAUGGAUUCUUGUCUUUCUUGGAACGUUAACUUUUUUGAUGGCUUUAUGUGGUUGUUUUGCUGCUAUGGAGAACAAUCGAUGUUUAUUAUUCAUUUACACAUUUUUAUUGAUGCUUACAUUCUCAUUAGAAAUGACCAUCGGUAUGUUGGCCGUUAUAUUCAAAGAGAGAAUUUUUUCUCGAUAUUCUACUAUCGAUUUUGUGCUAUUAUUACAAAGCGAAUACGGGAUCCAUUCAUCAUUCACAGCAGCUGUAGAUUUAGCACAAACAAAAUUUGAAUGUUGUGGAAUUGAAUCGCCAACCGAUUAUAAAUAUUCACGAUGGUUACAUAAACAAAUCGAAAAUCAUUUACCUGAUGAUGUACUUAUUAUAAGUCGGACAUGUUGUCGACUUGCUAAUCGUAUGGAAAAAAAUGCACAUCUUAAUCCGCGACCUAUCAAUGAAACAAUGUGCCAAUCAGAUAAUGAUGACGAAAAUCGAUCAUUUCGAAAUCAAAAGGGAUGUAUGCAACUAAUUGAUGAAUUCAUACGUUCAGAAUGUAAAAUGUUUUUAGGAUUGGGUGUUGGUUUAGCUGCAUUUUCGUUCAUUGGUAUAGUGGCCACUAUUUACUUUUGUCGUUCAGUUCAUUCAAAACCAAGACUUAAAAGAACGAAAGAAACACGGUUAAAUUGUGGACGUGAUUUUCAUUGAUCGAAUUGAAAAAAAAUUCAAGGAAAGCGAAAACGAAGAAAAUUUCAUUGAUAAAAUCGAUGAUGGGUACGUAAGUAUCAGGCAAGGUUAUUUGCCGAAAACUUU